GGGAAUGACCGUGACCUCAGGUCACGUGGUCCUAAAGAAAGAUGCCCAGAACCUGAUUGGAAUCAGCAUUGGAGGUGGGGCUCCACUGUGUCCUUGUCUGUAUGUAGUGCAGGUGUUUGACAACACCCCUGCGUCCAAAGAUGGGGCCUUGGCUGCAGGGGAUGAAAUUGUUGGUGUCAAUGGACAGUCUGUCAAAGGUCGUACAAAAGUCGAGGUCGCCAGGAUGAUACAGUCUAUAAAGUCUGAGGUGACCAUUAACUACAACAAGCUGCAUGCAGAUCCAAAACAAGGGAAAAGUUUAGACAUCAUUCUGAAGAAGGUUAAGCACAGGGUAGUGGAGAACAUGAACUCAAACACGGCAGAUGCUUUUGGCCUCAGCAGAGCCAUAUUAUGUAAUGAUGGUUUAUUAAAAAAACUGGAAGAGAUGGAGAGGACCGCCAACAUGUACGGAGGGCUGAUUAUACAGACUCGGAAACUCCUGAAGGCUGUAUUUGAUCUCUCCCAGUCCCACAAAGCCUUUGGAGAAGUGUUUGCGGAUAUUGGUGUCAGAGAGCCCCAGCCAGCAGCCAGCGAGGCUUUCUCUCAGUUUGGCGAGGCUCAUCGCAACAUGGAGAAGUUUGCAAUCAAAAUGCUGAAGACAGUGAAGCCAAUGAUCAGUGAUUUAAACACAUUCCUGCACAAAGCUGUUCCAGAUACCCGGCUGACAGUCAAGAAAUACUUGGAUGCAAAGUUUGAAUACCUUUCUUAUUGCCUGAAAGUCAAGGAGAUGGAUGAUGAGGAGUACAGCUAUGCUGCCUUGCAGGAACCACUCUAUCGUGUGGAGACGGGCAAUUAUGAAUACAGGUUGAUCUUGAGAUGUCGACAGGAAGCAAGGUCAAGGUUUGCCAAAAUGAGGUCAGAUGUCCUAGUCAAGAUGGAAUUGUUGGACCAGAAACAUGGUAAUAAUCCAGACUCCACAUCUUCAAGACAUGUCUUCCAGCUUCAGAAGUUUGUCACAGCCAUGGCCAAAUACCACACUGACUGCCAUGACACCAUGAAAGGCGCAGUUGUCUUCCCUAUUGAAGUAGACCUGUCUCGUGGAACUUUCACCUACGACACAUCCAACAACUUUAAUGAUGGCGGUGAGGAAGAAGAGGAAGGCGAGAAUGAUGAUGAAGAUGAUGACGAUGAUGAAAUGAUUGGACAUGAAGGAUCAGCGGGUCAAGGAAAUAUCUUGACAGGAAACUUACUGGGAGAUUAA